AGCCGAGUUAGUGUUUUCGGAAGUCUAUAAACACCAUGGAAUACCGAAGGCAAUCAUUAGUGACUGAGAUGUUGUUUUUACAAGCAUCUUUUGGUCUCAUCUGCAUAAGCUUAUGGGCACCGAGCUUUGUAUGUCUAGUGCUUAUCACCCAGAGUCAGAUGGUUCAACUGAACGAGCUAAUCGGACUGUUACUCAAAUGUUGCAACAGUGUAUAGGCCCUACUCAGAAAGACUGGGUUACGAAGUUACCAGCUAUCGAGUUCGCUAUUAACCUAGCACAUUCUGAUAGCACUGGUUAUGCACCAUUCUUCCUUAACACUGGUCGCAUGCCUCAUUCCAUGAUCUGGAAUAAUCCUGGGGUUGAUGAGUACUCUGCAGUGCGAACUUAUGCACAAAAAGUAAAGUAUGCCAUAAUGACUGCACAUGACACUCCAUUCGAAAGGGGAGAUUUGGUCUAUCUAUCUACUAAAAAUAUCUCCCUGCCCAAGGGUCUCGCUCGAAAGCUGAUCCCCAAGUUCAUCGGACCAUACAGGAUCCUCACAGACUUUGGGAAUAAUUCCUAUAGGCUAGAGUUGCCUUCCCAGUUAAGACAACGAGGAGUACACGACGUGUUCCACUUGUCGCUGCUGCGAAUUCAUGAGCCUAACAAUGACCGACUAUUUCUGGGUCAGCUUGAUACACAGGUGGCAGAAAUCGAGGGCCAAGAAGAAGAGUGGGCCAUCGAUAAGAUCAUCGCGCAUGCCGGUUCAGGUGAAAACACUAUCUUUGAGAUGGUAUGGAAAUCCGGUGACCACAUGUGGGUACCCUACGCCACGGUUGCUGGUCUCGAUGCCCUGAAAAACUAUUUAGAACUAGUAGGAGUAGACGGCAUAAAGGACUUACCACCAGGGUCAGGUAAUCCUCCUACGGAUGAUCCUCAGCUGUUUCUUGGCUUGCUAGAAGUUUCAGCAGGCCCAGCAUACAUAAAGGAGGGCAUUCGUCACACGAUGAGCCCAACAACCUACACUGUAGACAAUGUCAGUCGUUCCCUCUCUUGCCAUUUGUCACACGAAACUCUUCCUACCCACUUACCUCCUUCCCUCCAUAUGACCGACCCCCUCCAAAAUGCCUAUGCCGUUCAUCUCAAGGAGACACAAUGUGUCACGCUCUUUGACAUCGAUGACCACUCCUACCAUUACUCCCUCUCCCAGCUCCGCCUAUAUGCCAAGUACAACUUGACCCUUCGAUCACCUAAAUUCAACUACACCCGCACGCCUACUCCUGGAGGCUACGAUGAAUUUGUCACCCUGUGGAAUUGUGAUUACGCCUGCCCAUGGAAGUUUGCCUACCUCGACGAUGGCCAGGUUGUGGUUCCUGGUGACCCCAUCGCUAUUCACGUUCUGGCACUGCCCACUUUCAGUGAUCCCGAAAAAGCCGCUGAGCUUGAGGAUGACCUCAGGGAGAUGUCCCAUUUCAUCGCCAAAUGCGCCAUAGCGAAUGACAAGGCUGGCGAGCGGAAGAAGAAGAUUCGCCUUGAGGCAAAACAAUUCUCUUCAGCUUCCAGCCGCACCGUCCAGCAGUUCAAGCGUGGACUUCGUUCUGGAUGUCAGAGUCGUGCAGCCACUCCUUGCGCUGAAACUGAAUCCCUUCGUGGGUCAGUUCCUCCCGAAUCCAUUCGCAGAUCCGUUCCUCCACUCGAUCCUAUAAAUGAUCCAAUGUUAGCCCUAUUGGAUGACAACACUCACCUGGAGGGCGCAUCCACAGACCAUGCUGGCAGUGAGGGCUCUAAAGACAAAGGUGGCGAGAGGGCAGCAGACGGCGAGGAUGUUCGUAUGAAAGAUGCAGAGACUACCAAGGUGUAGGAUGUUGUGAUGAACAUUCUAGGAGGGCGCAUGUAGCGGUGGGUGCUACAAUAUACCAGAUUAGGCAGU